UGCUGACUCAUGGUAGCGCAAUCCAAUAUGGCGGCCGCGGCGGGAAAGAAGCGCUUGACCGUUCUCUACGGCUCACAGACCGGCACAGCUCAAGAAGUAGCCGAAAGGAUAGGCAGAGAGGGGAGACGACGGCACAUCUCUGCUCGCGUGCUUGCGUUGGAUGAUUAUAAUGUGAUAACUGCAGAUCUCUCAUAUCUGUUCAAAGGCUGACCUUAUCAAAGAGGACCUGGUUGUGUUUGUUUGUGCGACGACUGGACAAGGCGAUGAGCCAGAUAAUAUGAAAAAGUUCUGGCGAUUCAUUAUGAGGAGAAAUCUGCCUGCGCAUUCCCUGCAGCAGUUAUCAUUCUCAGUGUUAGGCCUUGGGGACUCCUCGUACCCAAAAUUUAACUUUAUUGCCAAAAAGCUGAACAAACGCUUGCUUCAGCUAAGUGCUAGUGUUCUCCAACCAGUUGGGCUGGCUGAUGAUCAACAUGAUCUAGGUCCUGAUGCUGUGGUUGAUCCAUGGCUAAAGGAAUUAUGGGAGAAGGUAUCUGCAGUAUACCCUAUUCCACCUGGACUAGAGAUAAUCAGUGCAGAUGAAAGGCCACCUGCAAGAUACAAGAUUAUCUACACUGACUCCCCUGCAGAAGAGAGUUCUUUAGAAUUUGGUUUACCUGCUAGUCAGCAAGCCCCAUUCUUUGCCACUCUUAUUUCUAAUGACCGAGUGACUGCUUCUAAUCAUUGGCAAGAUGUACGGCUUGUGAAAUUGGACAUAAGUGGCUCAGGAAUCAGUUAUUCACCAGGAGAUGUUGUUAUGGUCCAGCCAAGCAAUCUUUCGGACACAGCAGAAGAGUUUAUGAGCUUCCUCCAUCUCGAUCCAGACAAGAAUUUUACCCUCCAACAAACAAAUCCAGAUAUCCCUGUUUCAAGAAGGCUUUCCAGACCCUGCAGUAUAAGGUUCCUGGUGGAGCAUUAUCUUGAUAUUCAGGGAGUGCCCCGGAGGUACUUUUUCGAGUUGCUUUCUCACUUCACAUCGUCAGAACUUGAAAAAGAAAAGCUGCAAGAUUUUGCAUCUGCAGAAGGACAGGAAGAUCUGUAUUCAUACUGUUACAGACAGAAGAGGAGUACACUAGAGGUUCUACAGGAUUUUCCACAAGCUAGUGCAAACCUUCCAUUCGAGUAUCUCCUUGACCUAAUUCCUGCGAUUCAACCAAGAGCCUUUUCCAUAGCAUCCGCCCAAAAGGCACACCCAGAUGAGAUUGAGAUUUUGAUGGCUGUUGUUAAAUACCAGACCAAAAUUUCAAAGCCUAGACGUGGCCUGUGCUCCACCUGGCUGUCAUCUCUACCGAAUCGAAGCCGAGUGCCUGUCUGGGUCAAACGCGGCACCAUCAGUCUGCCCUUAGACCAUACAGUACCGCUACUAAUGAUAGGACCAGGAACUGGUGUUGCGCCUUUCAGAAGUUUUAUCGAAGAGCGACUUUUUCCAGUGCACGAAGGAUCGAAAUGUGUGCUGUUUUUUGGCUCUCGCAACAAGAACGCAGAUUUCUUUUUUGAAAAUCAGUGGAAAGAGCUCAGCGAGACUGGAUGUUUGAGUGUCUUUACUGCUUUCUCGCGCGACCAGGAUGGUAAGAUUUAUGUCCAGCAUCGAAUCCGCGAGCAAAGUUCACUAAUUUGGGACCUCAUCAACAAUCAUCGGGCGAUAUGCUAUCUCGCUGGGAAUUCCAAGCGCAUGCUGAUAGAUGUGAAAGAAGCCUUGAUCGAGGUGUUUUGUAAGGAGGGAGAGAUGAGCGAAAGCGAGGCGGAAGCAUUAUUCGCUGAGCUUGAGAGGACAAGACGCUACCAGGCGGAGACAUGGUCGUAGCAAGGCAUGUCUACACCCUGGUUGUUUACAAUUUAAUCGGAAGUUCCGGUACUUCUGGUUAUUUUGUAAAUUGUACAGAUUUCUCCCACUGGAAAAUUCCGGAAAAAGUAGAAUUACUUGAGAGGUUGCCCACUUUCAACGGAGAUACCAGAAAUUCCGAAAAAUCGUGUACCAUUUUUUUUUUCCAUAGAAUAUUUGACCGAGGCCCCCAGCGUCCACUAUUCCCCAGACCCCAAAAGUAGAAUUUCUGGGUACAGAAGCAAAUGGCACAUAAGUCACACCGGAAAUUUUGAUAUAUAAGAAACUUCUUUUUACCAUUCUGGCAUUACGGAAGAACUGGGAUCUCCUUCCGGAAUUUCCGAUUAAAUGGUAAACAACCAGAGACCCUAUUCACACUGCAAACAUUACGAGUAGCGCUAUCGGACCAACAUCCAUGGACAAAUUACCUGUCAGCCGUCAUUUUGGCAUCCUAGCAAAGUGCCAAGUGCGACAAAGCUUCGGUAAAUUUGGGAAAUCUAUUGUGAUGUUUUCGAUCGAAAUGUGUAAGACUUUGUUUUAAGAUGGUCAUUUUGAUUUUUUAAUAAUUAGUCUUCCAAAUUUCGAAUGAAGACAAUAGCAAAGGUUUGGCUAACAGGGCUCUUUAACUACAGAAGCCAGAAGCAUAGGUAAAACUGAUCGGUGCAAGGGCGGCGAGGUGGCGAGAGAAAGGAGUCUGGGCCUAGCUGCAGGAGACCAACCCUGCCUUCCUGACUGAAUCGCAGCGAGGCCUUUCUUUUGUCGCAAAAUCUAUACCCAAAGCUACUGCGAUGAGAAAAUGGAUGCAAUGUCUAAUUGUGUGGGUCAGCGGUAGAAUAAUGGAGAUAUGACGAUCCCAGCCAUCUAGGCACUACUUUGAAAAUUACCCAGAAGGCACUGAGAACAAGAUUGGCGCCAGUCUGUUAGCAUCGGUAACAUAUAAUCUGAAUGACUGAACAUGGUCAGUGGUAACAUGACCAAGCAAAUUGCUCAACCUAGAAAAGGAAACAUUGAACUCUACAUGAUCAAAAUCAAAUACGUGAAUUUAUUUUUACAUUUAUUGGAAAAAGCCUUGAUUGAGUGGUUCGAUUUUUAGUGUGGUGAUAUUUCCAGUAUUCUGUAAAAUUCUAUAUUGAAGAAAAAAUAAGCUGGUGCAAGCAAUUGUUAGAGAAACGUUUACUGUUAUAUAAAUGUACUGUACUACUUUACCACUGUAAAUCACACGGAGCAGUAUACAGAUAAGGUUGAAGUUCUCCACCAAUUAAAUAAAUAAGGACCUACAUGGGUGAC